AUGAUUUCUGAUCGAGCCGUUGGUGCGCUUCUUGGACAAGCUGUUGGUGAUGCACUCGGAUUUAGAUAUCAGUAUCGAUCUGGUGAGGAUGUCACCAAUCAAAUCUGUAUGGAUAAAGACAACAGUGGAUUUCUACCGAUCAGAGGGAGUGCUGUAUUCGACUUCCCGCCUGGACAGGUUUGUUCGUUCACUGUUGUACCGAUUUUCACUCUGAAUUUUCAUCCAUUUCAAUUUUUUUGCCUAUUUGUUUAA